AUGCCAGAAAUGACAGAAAUAGACAAACCGACGUCUUCUAUAUCACAAGGAAAAGAUGCUGUCGGAUGGAGUAAUUAUUCUGAUUCAGACGAUUCUUUGCCCGAAUUAGUAGACUCUGCAGCUACAACAAGUUCAACAUUCCCCGAAUCCACUUCUACUAGUUUACCGCUCGAUGUUUCAAAAGCGAAACAAAGUCGGGGAGAAAAAAAGGCGAGAAAAAUUAUGUCGAAAUUGGGAUUAAAACCCGUUCAAGGCGUGAAUAGAGUAACAAUUAGAAAAUCUAAAAAUAUAUUAUUUGUUAUAAAUAAGCCGGACGUUUAUAAAAAUCCCGCUUCCGACACGUAUAUUGUUUUCGGUGAAGCCAAAAUCGAAGAUUUAAGUCAACAAGCUCAGGUAGCCGCUGCUGAAAAAUUCAAAGCACCCCAACCGGCAGCAUCGGGUGAUAAUAAUGCUGCAGUUGCACCCAUACAAGAAGAAUCAGAGGAAGAAGAUAUUGACGAAACUGGAAUUGAAGAAAAAGAUAUCGAGCUAGUUAUGUCUCAGGCUAUGGUUUCUCGUGGUAAAGCCAUAAAGGCUUUGAAAAAUAAUCAAAAUGAUAUUGUGAAUGCCAUUAUGGAACUCACAUUGUGA